CUACGGUGCUGGUGACGUCACGGGAGCGCCUACACUCGGCGCACACACAGACUCAUAGGUUUCCGAGAGCAGCAGUUAGCGGCGGCGCGGCGGCAUGGAGCGGCACCAGGCUUCCGCGGGCUCCAGGCAAGAGCUCGGCCGCCUACUGGAGGCGGUGCUGACGAGUCGUGGCCAGGCGAACGCGGUGUUCGACAUCUUGGCUGUGCUUCAGUCCGAGGACCCCGAGGAGAUCAAGGAAGGAGUGCGCACGUGCAGCCGACUCUUCGGUACCUUGCUGGAGCGGGAAGAGCUGUUCGUGGGCUCGCUGCCUAGCGAAGACACGGUCCUGGCAGGAUCCCAGGGAGCCACAUACAAAUACAAGGUGUGGAUGAGACACCGCUACCGCAGCUGCUGUAACCGCCUGGAGGAACUCCUGACCCAUCCCUCCUUCCAGGUCAAGGAACUGGCCCUCAAGACGCUCAUGAAGUUUGUGCAGCUGGAAGGAGCAAAGCCCCUGGAGAAGCCCCAGUGGGAAAGCCACUACCUCUUCCCCCGAACACUUUUCAGGGCAGUGGUAGGAGGCCUGCUCACCCCAGAGGAAGACCACAGCCUGCUUAUCUCCCAGUUCUGUGAGUACUUGGAAUAUGAUGACGUCAAGUACCACACAAUGCAGAUGGCCACUAGCAUCAUGGCCCAGGCCACCAGCCAGCAACCUGAGGUGUCACUCACCUUCUGGAACAAUGCCUUCACACUGCUGUCUGCUGUGAACCUACCCCUCCAAGAGAGUGAACUCACCAACUUCUAUGUGAAGCAUGCACAGACAUCAAGCAAGUGGAAGGUCGUGCACUUGAAGGAGCACAAGAAAGCUUUCCAGGAGAUGUGGCUUGGCUUCCUCAAGCACAAGCUGCCCCUCAGCCUGUACAAGAAGGUGCUAGUGGCCAUGCAUGACUCCAUCCUGCCCCACCUGGCUCAGCCUACACUCAUGAUUGACUUCCUCACAAGUGCUUGUGAUGUGGGUGGUGCCAUCAGCCUCCUGGCCUUGAACGGACUUUUCAUCCUAAUCCAUAAGCAUAACCUGGAGUACCCUGACUUCUACCAAAAGCUCUAUGGUCUCCUGGAUCCAUCCAUCUUUCAUGUCAAGUACCGAGCCCGUUUCUUUCACUUGGCUGACCUUUUCCUUUCAUCCUCCCACCUCCCUGCCUACCUGGUAGCUGCCUUUGCCAAACGCCUGGCCCGGCUGGCGCUAACAGCACCUCCUGAGGCCCUGCUUAUGGUCCUGCCCUUAAUUUGCAACCUGCUGCGUAGACACCCUGCCUGCCGAGUUAUGGUGCACCGCCCACAGGGCCCUGAGCUAGAUGCUGAUCCAUAUGACCCAAUGGAGAAGGACCCAGCCAGGAGCCGUGCCUUGGAGAGCUGCUUGUGGGAACUGCAGACCCUCCAGCAGCACUACCACCCUGAGGUGUCCAGAGCUGCCAGUGUCAUCAACCAGGUGCUAUCUGUCCCUGAGGUCAGCAUUGCACCACUGCUGGAACUUACUGCAUAUGAGAUCUUUGAGCAGGACCUGAAGAAGAAGAUGCCUGAGUCCGUACCUCUGGAGUUCAUCCCUGCUAAAGGCCUGUUGGGUCGACAGGACGACCUCUGUACCCAGUUCUUCUGUCUCAGCUGACCUGGCUGCCACUUCUCCUAAGAAUUGUUUUUGUGUGUGAGAGAGACAGGAUCUCACUAUGUGAGACUGGCCUGUAUCUUGUGGUACUCCUGCCUAAGGCUCCCCAGUACUGAGGUUACAAGGGUAUACCACAACACCUAGGUUUAAAUAAAUGUUUUAUUUUGGUUUUA